UCCCCCCCAUUCAUGGUAACAUUUCUAUUUCUCCACCGCACAGCUCCCUUUUGUGUGUUUUCUUUUCGGUCUCUCAUUGACCGUCUCUUCAUUCCCUUUCACUCUCGGCGUUUCUGUCUCUCCUCCUUCCUUCGCCUGUCUCUCUGUCUCUCCUCCCCUCCUCGCCCUGUGCAUGCAGUAUCCUCCCGAGCUCCAUUGCGGAUGCUGCUGCUGCUGCUGGGCCCGCGCCAUAUUGUGCAGCAGCAGCCGAUACCUACAAGGACGGAGCAGCCGCUGGCAUCACUCAGUACACAAAGCGCCGUACGGGCAUAGCGGGCUGCGAGUCACUCUCCAUCGGGUGGUAACGGAGCAGAGGAUUCCCCAGUCACUAUGUCUCAGGCAGUCCAAAUCAAUGGCGCUCAACCACUGAGUAAGACUUGGGAGCUAAGUUUGUAUGAAUUGCAAAGGACUCCACAGUUUUCAUAUAUCUUUGAACAGGAAGCAAUUACAGAUGGCCUAGAAAUUGUAGUAUCGCCCAGAAGCCUGCACAGUGAGCUGAUGUGUCCAAUAUGCCUCGACAUGCUGAAGAACACAAUGACAACUAAAGAAUGUUUGCACAGGUUUUGUGCUGACUGUAUAAUAACUGCUCUCCGAAGUGGAAAUAAAGAGUGCCCAACAUGUCGCAAAAAACUAGUCUCCAAAAGAUCAUUACGGCCAGACCCAAAUUUUGAUGCACUUAUCAGUAAAAUCUACCCAAGUCGAGAUGAAUAUGAAGCUCACCAGGAAAGAGUUUUGGCCAGGAUCAACAAACAUAAUAAUCAGCAAGCACUGAGUGAUAGUAUCGAAAAGGGCCUUAAAAUACAAGCAAUAAACAGGCUACAGAGAGGUAAGAAACAGCAGGUGGACAAUGGGAGUGGUGCUGAGGAUAACGCAGACAGUUCCCACUGCAGUAAUGCUUCUGUACAUAGCAACCAGGAAGCUGGGCCAAGUAACAAGAGGACCAAGACAUCUGAUGAUUCUGGUUUAGAACUUGACACUAAUAAUGAGACUGUUACAAUGGAUCCAAUACUGGAUGGAUCCAGUGAAAUAGAGUUGGUCUUCAGACCCCAUCCUACACUAAUGGAGAAGGAUGAUAAUGCUCAGACCCGGUACAUAAAGACUUCUGGCAAUGCCACGGUUGAUCAUUUAUCUAAAUAUCUUGCGGUGAGGCUGGCUCUUGAAGAAUUUCGGAGUAAAGGGGACACAAACCAGAUGAAUCUAAAUACUGCCAGUGAAAAACAGUAUACGAUAUACAUUGCUACAGCUGCUGGACAAUUUACAGUUUUAAAUGGAUCAUUUUCCUUGGAACUAGUUAGUGAAAAAUAUUGGAAGGUAAAUAAACCAAUGGAACUUUACUACGCACCCACCAAGGAGCAUAAAUAGUGCUGGACUUCUUUCAAAAAGGUGCUUUUCGUUAUCUUGAAGAUUCAAUCAAUGAUGAACUUUGCACUUUUGAAGCAAGUGACGCCUUUUAUUUUACUUGACAGAUAAACCUGAAUUUUAUUUACAAAACAAUCUUGUGCCAGCGUGUUUGAUGACGGUCCUUCACAAUUUCUUGGAGCAAAAGGGAUUUCUUUUAAGACAAGGUCUAUAGCUUUACAUAAUAAGGAUUUCUUUUUAUGCUCUUGGUUUACUUGUGUAUAGAAUAUGUUGGCUUAAUUGAAAAUAUGCAUUCUUUUGCAUACAAAUGCAGCAUAAAAAAUAGAUGGGGACAUUUGCUAUAUAUUACAAAUGUUUAUCUACUUUGGAGCACAAUGUAUGCACAUUGCUCUGUCAUUUCAUAAAUAUUUAUACCCAAAUGCAUACAAUACAAAUUGUAUAUAAUUUCUAUGAUAAAUUAAAUUUGUUAUUUCUUCUGAAGCGAAGAUAUGUGUUCUCAAAUAAUUGUAUCCCUUCCCAUGUCACACAAUAGGAAAUAUUGUCAGAACAGUGUUGCAAGUUACUAGUAUUGAUAAUGGUUAUUAAAGGGAAACACUAUUUGAAUAAAAAUAAAUUUUACAGUGCCACAUGUAUUUAUAUUCUCAAAGUUCUUGUAGGCAUGUAAAUGUUUGUCUUGUAUAAGUCUGCAAACUUAACUUGCUUAUAGUAGCUUGUUGAAGUCCGUGUAAUCUGUACAUUACAAGACAAUUGUAAAUAAAAUAUUUUCAAUUUGUAA